AGCUGUGCGUCCGGGAUUCUACACAGUAUCCUGUUGUCCCUGCGAGCUCCCCCUCAUCUUAUCAAACCUCAUAGGCAUGCAAUAUCCAUUCACCGUCCAUCUACAUUCACACGUCCAACCGCAUGCCUCGAAUACCUGCUGUUACUCCAAGGACAAGCUUUCGUGGAAUCUUGGGUACUGUCGGGACACUGGGAGGUGUGUAUAAAACUCAUCGCCUAAACUGACCCGCCCCAAAACAAGUGCUGGACUUUACAGCGAUGGAAUCAGAGAAGAUGCUCGUGCAGGCAAGAAUUUGCCUGAUGCUUUUACUGGGUUUGACUGGGUCAUAUAGUGCCACAGUGGGACAUGCGGAGCAAGACGUCGUCCAGGUGAUGACGCCGUCAGGACACGAUGAGGAGGGUGAUGUCAGACAUGCAGCGCAUUUGCCCAAAAUUGUCGCUGAACACCCGAUUGACCCACCUGCCCAUUCAGCUCAUGCCACUGAAGAGGUCCUAUGUCAUGACAAGCAAACAGCUAGUUAUGAUGCCGUGGAUGACUUCCUGUCUGCCCUGAAUCACGGCAGUGAACUGGGGAGUACGGAGUUACAGCGAUUCGGAAUAUGUUCGCAACAUGAUGCAAUUCGUGAUUUGCAGGUUACUGCAUUGACACAACUAACCGAGAGAGUGCGGCAACAGCAAAAUGGCAUUAAGGGUGUCCAGGCUACAGAGGUUGAUGUCUGGGAGGCUGAGAAGGAAGAAGAGAUCAUUUUGGCCCUCAAGUUCCCGAGGUUUAUCCAUCCUACCAGCCCCUUCUCUUUGAUGCUCCUGUUUAACGUGGGAUCCAUUGAGGCAGACGACUUGACUAUAGUGUUCAACAGUCAUUUCCUGCAUCCAAAUACGCAGACGGUUUGCAUUUCAGAGAGCACGCGUUUCCUCGUCCUUACAGGAAGACAAAGGGAGAGUCAUUCACAUACUCACCUAAAGCUGAGAGUUAAAGUUGAUACACUGAAAGCUGUACAUGGGAAGAAACUCAGUCUGUCUGAUCUUCAGGAAAUCUUGAUGAGGAAGGUGAACGACAGCAAUAUCACAAUGAAGCCGACGUUGCUUUUCCUCGCUGAGAAAGGCCAAAGUGAAAGUGCUUCUCCUUUUAAAUACCCCAGUCCUCUUCCUCCUUCCAAAACCUUUCUUUUCCUGUGCGAGCUGCAGAAGUUCUUGAAGGACGUUCUUCCUCAGAAGAAUGCGCCAGAGUCUCAGGAAGAGGAGAGCACAAGCUCUUUAUACGCACUUAACUCUCUACCAUCUUUGACCCUUGGAAAGUCAUCCCCGCAGUUCCUUCUUUCAGGCCUGGUGAAUUCAUCCACUCAGACUUUAUUUGUGUUCCCACCGCACCAGCAAAGACUCCAGACUCACCGUGUGGAGCUGAACCUGGAGAGUCCUCUGCUUUUUGUGCUCAGACUGAGACUGGAUGAAGCCAUUGCUCAGGUGAAGAAGGAGGAGGCGGCGCAUAAGGUGAUUUACAGGCUUCAGCGACUAAUUGAAAUGAGUGCCCUUCCUCCAGAAGGAACGAAUGAAGAAGCAGUCACGAUAGAGCACAAAGAAGCCCAAUACAGGUCCGUUUUGCUGCUGAAAGCGCUCCAGACGGUACUCAGCAUCUUGGAGGUGGAACGGGGCCAAAGGGCCGCCAGAGCGGACGAAGACAGCCAGGCGACAUCCCAACAGUGUCGGCUUCAGUCCUUGAUCGUAUCCCUGAGGAAGUACACCCUCGAACCCUCCGUGGCCAAGAUCAAUAACUGCGAAGGAUCCUGCAGUUUCCCUCUAAGCACCACCAGCAACAACCACGUCGUCCUCUUGAACAGCCACAUCCAGAGCGGCCACCCCGUCAACCGCUCUCCGUGCUGCGUGCCAGUGGAAUACGACGACCUUUGCGUGAUUGAGCUGGAGAGCAAGGCCACCGUCACGUCCUUCAAGCCCAAGGUGGUGGCGACCAAGUGCGAGUGUCGUUGACAGCCAUUGUGCGUGUUGAUAUAUUGCAACGCAAAAGUGAAAUUUCACAGAGCUGCGUUUAUUUUUGCCUGUAAAUACCCAACAGUGGUCUUCUAUUUUUCUAGAUGCAAAACUGAUGCGAAUGCAUGACAAGUACAUGUCCAGGCGUGCAACAUCCGCUGUCAUUUGAGGUGUGAUGGAGGUAAUUUGAGAGAAAAUGCAAUUUAAAAAAUAAUUAAAGUCAAAAAUAAUUUUAACUGUAUGAAACGAUUCGCUAAAUGUAUUCAAAAUGUUUGGCUGUGUUUGAAUAAAGUAUAUAUAUAAAGGA